AGGGGGCGGAGGAGGAGGCGGCCAUUUUGGCUCUCCGCUGACAGGGGCAGGCGAGCGGGAAAGAGGGCGCCGGCCUUGCCUGGCCCCAGCGCUUCUACCCUCGCCUUCCUCGGGCCGCCCCGCUCGGCUCCUCGCACCUCGCCAUGUCUGACACGCGUGGCGGCAGUGACAGCCGUUCCGACGAGACCGGCGUCGAGAAACAGGAUACGCAGGAGAAGGAAGCAGGCAUCCCCGAGAAGGAGGAGGAGGCCAAAUUGAAAGCCAAAUACCCCAACAUAGGACUUCAGAAGCCUGGGGGUUCUGACUUCUUAAUGAAGAGGCUGCAGAAAGGGCAAAAGUACUUUGACUCUGGAGAUUACAAUAUGGCCAAAGCCAAAAUCAAGAACAAGCAGCUGCCAGCUGCAGGUACCGACAAGAACCUGGUGACCGGCGACCACAUCCCCACGCCUCAAGAUCUCCCACAGAGAAAAUCUUCUCUCGUCACCAGCAAGCUGGCAGGGUAACCUGCUCUCCUGAUGGGAUUUCUCUCUCUCUCUCUCUCUCUUUCUCUCUCUCUCUCUCUCUCUCUCUCUCCUUUUUUUCCAUUUUGGGGUUUGGGGAAUUGGGUUGUUUUUCUGUUGUCAGACUGACUGAACUCUGCUGUACCAUAGAGCUGGGACACACAGAACUUUUACCGCGGCUGAUAUCUUUAAUCAAAGCCAGAAGCCGAGACAUGGA